UCUUGUGGCUUGUAUCAUUCGUGAAGUGUUUACGUGUAUGACGAAUGGCUAAUAUAAAAGUUGCUGUUAAAGUGCGGCCUUUAAUAGAUCGCGAAAAGAAGGCCGGUGAAAAUGUGUGUUGGAAAGUCACGGGCAAUAACAUCGCUCAAAUUGACCCUUCUUCUGGAACUGUGUUGCGUGAUGGAUAUACCUUUGAUCAUGUGUUUGGCAUGGAUGUUUCAAAUGCUGAAAUAUUUGAUAAAGUUGUUAAACCUCUUGUGCAUCCUACAGUCGAUGGGUUUAACACCACAAUAUUUGCUUACGGCCAAACUUCUUCAGGAAAAACAUACACAAUGUUAGGAGACAAAAAAGAACCUGGUAUAAUACCUCUGACAGUUUCUGCGAUGUUUGAUGCAAUGCAGCGAUCAAGUGGACGUGAAUUUCUUGUAAGGGCUUCCUACAUGGAAAUUUAUAAUGAAAAGAUAAAUGAUCUUCUUGAUAAGAAAUACAACUUGAAAAUUCGUGAAGAGGAUGGAAAAGCAGUUGUUACAGGACUGAAGGAGGAACUUGUUACUACCACUGAAAAGAUUUUAUUAUUGAUGAGAAGAGGACAAAAGAUUAGACAUAUUGGUGAGACAAAUAUGAAUGAACGAAGUUCGAGGUCGCACACUAUUUUUCGCCUUGUAGUUGAGAGCCGUGAAGCAAAGGGAGGCCAAGGGGACUGUAGUGAAGAUCAAGAUGAUGAUGAUGUUAUAAAAGUUUCACAUCUUAAUAUGGUUGAUCUCGCAGGCUCAGAACGGUCAGACCAGACAGGCAGUAAAUUUGGCAGUGAUCGCUUUCGUGAAGGCUGCCAUAUCAAUCUUUCAUUAUUCACUUUAAGUCAAGUGAUAUCACAGCUGAGCGACGGGAAAAAACACAUCAGUUUUCGAGAUAGUAAGCUGACACGCAUACUGGAGCCAGCUCUGGGAGGAAAUGCUCUGACAGCCAUCAUCUGUAAUGUUACGCCUACCUCAGUUGAAGAGACGAAUUGCACUCUGAGUUUUGCAUCCAGAGCAAAGAAAAUUAAAAAUGAACCUCAUGUCAAUGAAGUUCUUUCUAAUGGCACUCUGCUGAAGAGGUAUGCCUGCCAGUUGGCUAAAUUAAAGGAUGAGUUAGAGAAAGCAAAAUCUCAAAAUGUGGUUCAGGAAAUGGAGAGUAAAUUACUUGAGAAGGACCGCCUCAAUACACUGUUGCAAGAACGAAUUAAUAGACUCUCUAAACAACUAAUUGGAGCACGAGUAUCGCAAAAUGUUGCAGAUGGUUCUGUUGUUGGUCUGACCAGAGGGCCAACUCACCGUAGAAAAACGUGGGCAGGUGCUGCUUUAAGUAUUCUACGUCCUUCUCUGCGAUUGGAGCCUAUCCCAGAAUCUGCUGUUCGUAGCUUAUCAGAACAAACAAGAAACACAUUGACUGAAGGUGUCCCAUUCGAGGAGUUUGAAAGAGACCUUCUAGACGCAGAUGAACUGGCAGCAACACCUGCUGAUGAUGAGGAAGUCUUUACACUCAGUUUUGUCAACCUCAGGAGAGGUUCUGAAAGAAAUAGAGGUGGAUGUGAGACUCUUGAAAAUGACAUGUGUGAUAGAGAUGAACAGGUUGAUCAGGCAGCAAUAGCAACCAGUUCCAGCCUUGGCCAGGUAGCUGCACGCGGUUUGGGCCUCGACCAGGCAGCUGCAUGCGGUUCGACUGCACACGGUUCGGGCCUUGGCCAGGCAGCUGCACACAGUUCGGGCCUUGGCCAGGCAGCUGCACACAGUUCGGGCCUUGGCCAGGCAGCUGCACACGGUUCGGGCCUUGACCAGGCAGCUGCACACGGUUCGGGCCUUGACCAGGCAGCUGCACACGGUUCGGGCCUUGACCAGGCAGCUGCACACGGUUCGGGCCUUGACCAGGCAGCUGCACACGGCUCGGGCCUCGACCAGGCAGCUGCACACGGCUCGGGCCUCGACCAGGCAGCUGCACACGGCUCGGGCCUCGACCAGGCAGCUGCACACGGCUCGGGCCUCGACCAGGCAGCUGCACACGGCUCGGGCCUCGACCAGGCAGCUGCACACGGCUCGGGCCUCGACCAGGCAGCUGCACACGGUUCGGGCCUCGACCAGGCAACACAAACUGAACAGUCCUACACAAGAAAUUCUCAGGCUGUGUGCCACUACUGUUGUACAGGUGCACUGCCUAUAAUGCAGAGAGUAAAUGUUUCUUGUCAGCCAAGUCCAGCUACUAACAGAAGCCUUGAAAUAUCUAGUUGCUCAGAGGCAACGGAAACUCCUCCACACAUUAUACGGGCUAACCUACAAGAACUUCAAAAGGAGUAUGAGGAACUAAGAGAAUUCACCAAAUUGGAGCGACAAAUCUAUGCAGAAAGAGCUGAGAUGGCAUCAUUUGCUGUGCAGACUGAAACACCAUGUUCUACCAAGAACAUCUCAGUCAGGUCUGCAGCUCAAGAAGAUGAAUUUCAAAGUUGUCCAGAAACUGAUAGCAAAGAGCAGGCUCCUUCAAACAGUAAGAUGGCACUUAUAAGCCAUAUGGAGACACCUAAAUAUCAUAUCUCUCCAAAGUCUGAUCAUGCAGAGGAGGACAGGUGUCUAGGAAAAGACACAUCAGAUACCAAUGACUGUGAUCAAAACUUAACACCGAGAAAAAUACUACUUUCUGGUGACAGUAGAAAUACUGAAGAAAACAGUUAUUCAUUGAUGCAGUUAAGGUUAAAACUGGAUGAACUUACUGCCAAGAACACAGCUCAAAAGAAAGAAUUAGAUAUUCUGAAUUCUAACAAUGAAAAACUUAGGAAUAGAAUGCUGACAGAAAUAGCCACAUUAUCCCAAGCAGAUUCAGGUGAUCAAGAAAACUCCUCUGACAAUCUUGCCAUUUUUGACAAAUUUGUGAAUUCUAUCAUUCAGAAGGAGCAGGAAGUGGUCAAAAUCAUACUUGAAGAGUCCAAUAAUAAUCUCAUUGCUAAAGAAAGUUGGAUCAGCCAGUUGGAAAAACAAGUUGUAUUGCUUGAAGAAGAAUUGGAGAAUUCUCAGAAAGAGAAAAAUAAACUUCAUGAUAAACUGAAAGCCCAGAAAGAUACACUUACUACUUUAGAACAAGAUAAACUCCAUCUCAACAAGAAACUAACCAAAUCAGAAGCAGAUAUGUCGUUUUUACAGGAUGAAAAUAAGGACCUUGGUUUACGCCUAAGAGCUGCAGAAGAAAAAAUAUUUCAACUUACUGAGAAUGAGAAACAUCUCGAACUAAACUUGGAAAAAGAAAAGGAACAAAGAAUUCUGCUUGAAAACGAACUCCAGCAGACAAAAGAAAAAUGUGACAAACUUAGUAAGGACUUUGAAAGUACUUUAAAAAUAGAUGAAAAAUUGCUGCUGUCAGAAGCAAAUAGCUUUAAAGAGCAAAUUCAGAAAUUAGAGCUGGAAAAUUCAGCCCUUGGAGAAUCCAUUAAAGUGGCACAAGAGGAAUGCUUGAAGGCAAAAGCUGUGGCUACACAAAAUUCUGAGUGUUUGAAUAGUAUCAAAAAACAAUUGAUAUUGCUUGUUUCAAUAUUUCCUGACUCUAAUAGUAUAAAAUACCAUUCCUGUGAACAAAUUCUAGGAUUUAUUUCGAAGAAACUGUCACAACCUUGUCACAAAUGUUCUCAGUUGGACCGUGAUUUACAGAAAUUGAAAUUGGAAUUAGAAACACAUCAGAAAAAUCUGGCAAUAAGCAUGGAAAGACAAAAACAGCUUGAAUCUAAAAAUGUCAGUGGUCCCCUUCACCUGGAGGGAAAAGACUUGCAUAAACUGAACAAUUCAGUAGUUCACAAAGCUCCCAGUCAGUAUGUCGGAGACAAUAAAAAGGUUUCAUUCCAUUGUGGAUUAGACACAGAAGAUGACACAGUUCCUGUCAAAGACACAGAUGUCUCCAACCAAAAGACAGUUAUGUCAGUAGGUGUCAAUAAUCAGGGUGGUUGUAGGUGUGAAGAGUUAGAAAAAGAAAACAAACAGUUAAUACAAGAAGCAGUAGCUCGGAGGUGUAAGAUUGCCCAGUUGCAAGAGGAAGUGGCAAAUCAAACCAAAGUUAUUGAACUCAAUAAUUCAGAACUUAAGGAAGCCCAGCAUAAGAUCCGUGUAUAUAAGAUGGAGUUAAAACAACUGCAGCGAGCUGAUCGGACGUACUCUCAAGUAAACCAAAGUAGAACCUGUUGUGACGCAUCCAGUCAGACAGAUGAUGUUCGUAUGUUCAUUAAUUAUGGAUGUGGUAUAGUAACGGAUACCCUUGCUGAAAAUCUCAGGAUGACUGUGUUUGAUCUGAGGAAAAAGAAUGAGAAACUGAAAUUACUGUGUCAUUCACAGACAGCUAAAGUAAACAUGCUUGAAAAUAAAAUUACAGAGCUGAAAGGUGAAAAAAAGACCUAUAGUAAUGCACGCGUACAAACUGAGGACAAAGAGGAAGUUAAUUUCUCCAACAAAGAAGUUCAAGUUGAUAUGUUUCCAUUAAAUGCUAGUCAGCGUGAGAUUGGGCAAAUUCUUUUCUGGAAGAGUAGAGCUGAACAGCGCCUACAAGAGAAGAAUAUGCAAGUAACACUUUGUGCCAAGCUGAGAGACCAAAUAAAGGAACUGAAACAAAAGCCAGAACCUUUGGCUAUCCGGAACUUAGCAUAUACAUUACGAGAUGAUGAGAUUUUAUGUCUUGGGCAUGCUAAGCCAGCUGGCAAGGAGAAUGUGAAAUAUCCAUACAUUGACAAACCAUAAGAGUGGUGUGUGUGUGUGUGUGUGUGUGUGUGUGUGUGUGUAGAUUCAGACAAGAUUUUAUAUAAUGAGAAACAAUAAAACUUUUCUUAUUGAAA